UUUGCUACAUUCCCUUUCAUUUUUCACAGAAUCUUCGGCUCAUUUUACACAGCUUAGUUGUGGAGUAAGAGUCUCCAACAGACCGAGCGAUGGCCACGCACUGCAGUGGACAGUGACGAGGCGGAGGCUUUGAGUACUUUGCUUUCAGAGUUUGGCAGAAGCCCAGGAUCAUUUUCUGGGAGUUUGGGAGACGCCGCCUCCCGCCACCUUACCGAAAAUAGCCAUUUCUUCUAUCGCUAAUGUACUUCUCCCAGCUGCAGUCUCGGAAGUAGCCCUAAGGAGGGAAUCCUCGGGCGCAGUUCUUUCCUUCUCCAGGUGGCCCGGGCUGCUGGGACCCUAGCGAAAUCUUUGAUCCCCGGGCUCCCCGGCCGGUAGCCACCUCCUCCCUCCGCCAGUCGGAACACGCCAUCCGUCUGUCGGUCCGUCCGCGAAACGCCACACAGCGCUCCUGCAGCCACAGCACGCGGCAGCAGAGGACACGGCAACCCCAAGCCGAGCCCCACGGCCGCCCACGCCCACCCGGAGCCCUUUGAUUUAUUCGGCUAAAGCCCCGCCACGCAGCACCAUCUCAGACCACUCCGAAGGCCUUUCGGGGACGCAAUGUUGGGGACACUGGUCUGGAUGCUUGUGGCCGGUUUCCUGCUGGCGCUGGCGGCGCCGGGCCGGGCCGCGCCGAGGGCGGGCAGACGCCAGGCGCGGCCGCGGGGCUGCGCGGACCGGCCCGAGGAGCUCCUGGAGCAGCUGUACGGGCGGCUGGCGGCCGGCGUGCUCAGCGCCUUCCACCACACGCUGCAGCUGGGGCCGCGCGAGCAGGCGCGCAACGCGAGCUGCCCGGCAGGCGGCGGGCCCGCCGACCGCCGCUUCCGGCCGCCCACCAACCUGCGCAGCGUGUCGCCCUGGGCGUACAGGAUCUCCUACGACCCCACGAGGUUCCCGCGGCACCUGCCGGAAGCCUACUGCCUGUGCCGGGGCUGCCUGACCGGGCCCUUCGGUGAAGAGGACUUCCACUUCCGCAGCGCCCCGGUCCUUGUGCCUGCCGUGGUCCUGCGCCGCACACCGGCCUGCGCGGGCGGCCGCGCCAUCUACACCGAGGACUAUAUCACCGUCGCGGUGGGCUGCACCUGUGUCCCCGAGCAGGACAAGGACGCGGGCGGCCCCAACUCCAGCCUGGACAAGCCAGGUGCUAAGCUGCUGCUCGGGCCCAGCGAUGAGCCGGCCCGGCCCUAGGGCUCUCG